AGGCUGAUCAACUUAAUGUCAGUGCACGGUUUGAAUCGGUGCUUAACGAUUCUUAACUAGCGCACACCAGCGCUCUGCUUCACAUCUUCUUUGGCUGUGCACUCUGUGAUGUCCGUUACAAAAUACAACUGUCGUAUGUGCGUGAAAUCAGUUUCUAUUUUUUUAUUAAAAUUUGAUGGUGAAGAGGUGGUGACCAGGUACUUAAACUAAAUUUACUAAUUAGUUUUUAACUCUUUCUUAGUGUGAUAAGGACUGUGAAUUUUUUGGGACUUUCGGAUUUACAAAUAUAAUGUGUGAUGGAACUCAAUUGUAGACUCUUGGUCAUAGCAGUAAUUAUAAGCGCAAUGCAUUUUCAGAUCGCUCAUUUGCAACGUGAUAAUAUACAGGGCCAAAAGUAUUGCGGCAGUCAGAUUGGAAAAGCGCUAUCCACAAUAUGUAAGGGAAACUAUAACACUCUCAAGCGAAUGGACAGGUUUCCACGUCCUGCACAAUGGGAUGGUAUGUACGGCGACAUGCCCAUGCCCGACGAAAACCCCGAAUUGGGCUUCCCCUACCAAAGCAAAGAAGAAGCUUCCACACUCAUGGGAGGAAAACGAAGAAAAAAGCGGUGGGGAGUAUACAACGAAUGCUGCGAGAAGUCCUGUACCGUGGAAGAGCUGUCGUCCUAUUGUGCUGCCGAUGGCAAGAGGAGAUAAAACUCGAGAGAAAUGCAAACAUUGUGAUAAUACGUUAAAAUUUAGUAUUAAGUUGAAAACUUAAUAUACAAAUCGGUUACUGGUUCUUGAACAGUGAAGGAAUCGGUAAGAUUGCAAGUUUUUUUCUAUGAAAAAAUUAGAAAGCUACCGUCCAAGUAACGUUUGCGUUCCUAUAAAUUAAUGCAGAGGAUGUUUUGAAGAAAAGUGUAAAAAUAUUUAUUUUAAAACGUUUUUAUAUACUUGGCUUGGUCUUUGUCACUAUGUCACUAUGUCCGGCAAAUUUUGUAAUCGAUUUUAAACAUACUUCUAGGCUACCUAGGCAUCUAAAAUUUUCAGAAUAGCUCAGAACUAGUUAACAAUGCAAUAUUUAACUGCUAUUUUAUGGAUAUAUCGAGUUUUAAGGGAGAUAAAGCUCUUUAAAAAUGGCGUCUUGGAAUUAGUUUUUCUUAUAUAUCUUCAGAGCGCUUCUAUUUAGAAAAACGAAAGCUAGUACGUUUAUUUAUCUUCCAAAGAUAAAUCGAUUUCCUCAAUUGCGACAUUCUAGUACCAGUAAUAUGCGUCCGUUUUGAGUAGGUCAACGGUUAAUUUAUUGAAUAACUUUUGUGUCUUAAUUUUUAAGCAUUUUUGGCAUUUGAUGAUUCAAUAUAUUAUUUGUGGAUAUAUCGCAUACAUUUGAUCACGGCGAUAUAGAGGCCACACAAUCUCAACAACGUUACCCAUAGCCCAGUGAUUCUCAACCUGUGGGGCGCGCCCCCCUAGGGGGGCGCGCUUUUAGCAGUGGGGGGCGUUAAAAUAUAAAAAAAAACGCCAAAACAUUGACUAAUUUACUAAAAUCAAAGCAAAACAAAAUUCUGACAAAAUAAAAAAUAAAAUACACAUGAACACUGAUAAGGAGCUAUACAUAGUUAUGAAGAGCACUGAAUACUAAAUCAGCAAGUUUAAUGUAAAUUAGUGACUUCCUUGGACCUGUUUUGCAGAGCAAAGCUUAUCGAAACAGGGUGUAAUAUUAGAAAUAGACGCUCUCAGUUCUUUCUCUAUAUUAUUUAGCUGCGAUUUAUAUUUGGUUUUUAAAGCAGCCGUCGCGGAAAAUCCUGUUUCGCAAAGGUAGGAUGGUGAAAACGAUAAUGGUAUACGGAACGCUCUGGUUUUCAGUGCAGAAAACUCAUCAUUUACCCCUGCCCCAAAUUCAAAGGGUGAUUUAUUAAACUGUUUCUUGAUUUCGGCAUUUGCCGUGAAGUUUAUGAAGGUUUCUUCUUCUGCAGUAGAGAGCCCUUCAGGUGUAAUUUGAAACGGAUUCCUGACCCACUCAUAACUAUUAGCUAGUAGGUAGGUAUUAAUUGGUCGUCGGCAAAAAAGUAUAUUUUAAAAUUUUUUGUCAGCAGUGCUAAAUGAUUUUCAAUGCUUACAGAAACAACUUUCACAUGUUGUUCUUCAACCUGGUAAGUUUUGCAAAUAUUUCAAAGUUUUUUGCUUUAAAUUUCUGCUCCACAAUUUCAAUUUCCUACAAAAGCUUUAACUUUAUCAUUCGUAUCAAAUUAUAUGUGUAUUGGCCCCUUAAAUUUGUAAGUUCAAAAUAUUUAGUUUCUCGAAUAUGUCAACCAGGUAACUCAAUUUCAUCGUGAAACAUCUUGGCUUCCGGUCUCUUCUCUUCUUCUAGAAAAAUGGCGAUAUCAUGUCUUAAUUCAAAACAAGGUGUAAAAAUUUCCUACGUGAUAACCAUCUUGCAUUACAAUAAAAUAAUAAUGCUGAAUGUACCACAUCAAUGUCUUUGCAUCCAAGUACAGAAAAGAUUCUAGUUUUCAAAGGUCUCAUUUUUACGUAUAUAAUUAACUAUUGUUACAACCGUAGUUAGCACAAUAUUCAAGCCAGAGCUUCUCUGUGGAUCAUAGUGUGUCCAUAUACACAUUGGAGACUUUUCUUUGGAUAUUCCGACGCAAUUCUUCCACUCUAUUUUUGCUUCAUUUAUAUAGUCAUUUAAGAUAGCAAAUAAUGCAUGCGACGUUGCUAUCAACUCUAUUGGUGUGCAGAAAAGUAGUUCUACUACUGAUCUCCCAUCACAAAAUCGAACGUAGGCAAUAAAAUGAGCAUCUUUGUUGCCACCGUUGCCUCAUCAAGCUGAAUCGCAAACAGCUUUUCACGCAACUUCCUGAUUAGCUGAUCCUGUACUGUACAUCUUCAGUAUUAUCACCAAUUCGACGGGCAACAAUAUCAUGUGAUAGAGGUAUAAAUUCCAAUUUUUUGGCACAAUUAUCUCCAAACACGGUUUCUACAAUUUGAAUUGCAGUUGGUAAUAUAAGAUAUUCACCAAUAGUGUUAGGCUUUUUAGAUCUGGCUAUUUGAUAUGAGAAUUUAUAAGAGGCAAGUAAAACUAUUUCAUUCACAGUCAAAGUUUUUAUUAAAAAUAAUUUUUGCUUUUCACGUCAUUUUAAUUUUAACUCGAAGAAUUUUUGGGGUUUGUUAAUGUACUCACUAUAAAGCGAGGGUGGGGGCGCGGUGAAAAUAAUUAUGGAAAAUUGGGUCGCAAAUGGUAAAACGUUGAGAAACGCUGCCAUAGCCCCAUUAACUAGUCCUUUUUCGACAUUAAUGUUAGCUAGUAACAUUAUACUCUUGCGCCGACGAAUACCUCCAACUCCUUUAGCAAUCCACCUAUAGAGGCCAUAGGGGGAAAGGGAUGGUAUGGAGCAUUGGAGCGUGGUGGAGUGAUUCCUGUAUGACACGAAUUAAUACACCUCGCUCCAAUGAAUUGUUGCACCCGGACGUCAUUUUUAGGAGUGAGCAAGUCUCACAGACUGGGUUGAAUCAAAUGUCUUGUUUGUUUACUCAAAAUGCCAUAUAUCACCUCUAGGGGAGUGCAUUUAGAUUUUCACUUCGCAAAAAAUCAAACAAGAUCAAACUUUUUGUAAUUUCAUUAAGAAAUGUUUAAUAAACAACAUAUCAAAAAGUUCUACUCGAGAAGUGGGUGCUUCAUUUUUUAUUAAUCAAAUAAAGAGCGAAGUUAGAUGUUUUUUUAAAUAACUCCGAAAAUAUAAUUUUUAGAAAAAACUGACUUGACCAUUGAAAAAUUCAGAAAAUUUUACAAAAAAAAACUUAUAUAAAGAUUUUUCUAAAAUUAAAUCUCUAGCUUCUGUAAUUUUUUAUUUAUAACGCUAAAGUCACCCUUCACACACACAUUGGCGCACUGUAAACUAGCGUUGGAAGAAGUUCACGGUUGAGUUUUUUUAAUGUAGUUCUUUAACUAAUGGAUCAAAAGAAAUUUUACAAAUUGGACAUGAAAGAAGAUCAAAUAAGCUAUCUUAUGGUUGUAAUAAAAAGAAAUAAAAUGUAUUGACAUAAGUACGGUGUGGGCGGAAACUACAUGAAUUUUGUUUAAAAAUGAUUUAAAAAUGUGUAACUAAUACAAUUUAACUUAUAAAACUCUUAAAUUUGCACAACUUACCUCUCAAUUAUCUUACUAAACGAUGUUUCAUUCAAAAAAAAUCUCAAAAAUUUAAUUCAAAUAAUACGAUGUCUCAAAAAACGUAAUUUUUUAAAACUUCGUAGUUUUACAGAAUUCCCAUCAUUUUAAGACGGUAUUACUCAAGUUUGAAUAAAUCUAAUACAAUUUUUUUGAUAUCAUUUUCAAGCUUAGGAUGCAAUCUUUAAAAAACACUGAAUUAUUUUAGUAUAAAAAUGAAAUAAACAAUUUCUUUUUGAGAAAACUAAGAAAGAUAACAAAAAUGUAAUACAAAAACCGAAAAUUACCAGCUGAAAAAAUGUAUAUACAGAGUGAUCAAAACUAUUUUCUGUAAAACUUACCUAAAAUACAUUUAAUAAUAAGCUUCAACAAUAAUAAAUGUUCAACAAAAAAAUUUUUUUGGCUCUUAUACAGUGUGUCUGCGUAACUUGGAACCUAUUGAUAACUUUUUUAAUAUCAGUUUUACGAAAAAAAGUUAUUUUUUAUAAAAUACUCUUCAUCGUAUAUAACAUAAGAUGCAACCAUCAAAUAUCAAAUUAUGUUAAUUUUGUACGAGGUAUGUCAAAAAAUAUGAAUUUCACUCAAGAGUAAAGUACCUUUAUAUUUCACAAUAUCGAAAAAUUUUAUAAAGAAAAGUUGUUUGGAAUUAAAAACUAUGUUCCAAUAUGUAAUUAUAUCCUUCUAAUCGAAAAUUUGUUUUUUUUUUAAAUAUUGUUUCAAAUUAAUUAUAACUAACAUCAUUAAAUUUUUACUUAUUAUUUAUGAUAACUGUUUUAUUAUUAAUUUUAUGAAGAAAGUUAUUCGUCAUAAAUAGCUGUGCAUGAUCUAACACUUAAUAUGCAAAUAUAAAAUAUUAUAUUUUAUCAAUAUUGUUCUCAUUGUUUCGGACAAGACUGUUUGAAUUGUCCCGUUUGAAAUGAACAAGAAAUUGAAGAAAGCGAAGAUGUCAGCGUAGUUGGAGGUGAUAUUGAAGAGAUAGAUUUUAAAUAAUUUGUUCUUUCUUUCUGAUACAUUUUAAUUUUUAAUAUUAUUGUGAAAAUUAUUUGGUUAUCUUUUUUUUAAGAAUGAAAUUCCAUAUUUGUUUGAUUGGAUUCUACUUGUUUUUCAUUUAAAUAUCCGCCAUUUUGGAUCCGCCAUUUUGAAAUUUAAAUUUUUAAUCUUUAAUUCAGAUUCAACAACCUGUUAAAAAUAAAGACAAUAAAUGUUUUAGAAAAAUGUUCUUUUUUAUGUUCUUUUUAGAAAAUCCGCAUUUUGGAUCCGCCAUUUUAUAGCUUAUAAUGUUAACAUUUAAGUUAGGUUUAUCAAAGCUCUCAAAAAUAAAUAUAUGUAGAAAUAAAUACAUUUUGUAAAGAAAUUAUGAUUUUACAACUAUUUUUUAAGUUAUCCGCCAUUUUGGAUCUGCCAUUUUAUAAUUUAAAUUAUCAAAAUUGGAUUCAGGUUCAGCAACCUCUCAAAAAUAUCCACAUAUAUGUAACCAAACACGUUUUAUAAAAAAAAUUCGGAUUUUACAACUACUUUUUAAGGAUUUUUAGGAAAAAAUCCGCCAUUUUGAAUCCGCCAUUUUGAAUUUGCAAAUUGUAAUGUCAGAUUCGGGUUCAGCAUGAUUAAAACUAACGUAAAAACAUUUUUUAUCAAAAUAAAAUGUUGAAUUCAACCAUAUUCUUAACAUUAUUUAUACAAAACAAUUGUUAUUGUUUAAACAAUUAAUAAACAAUUAGCGGCGAAAUUUGUGAGUAGAACUUUUUACUUUAACAUAUUUAUAAACUAACAAAAAAAGUUUUAGAAAAAUAUAACCUUGUUUGAUUUUUUCCGAAACAUUGUAUCUUUUAGUUCUAAUUGCACUCCCCUACUCGUAGUGGAUCUGGAAUUCCAAAUUAAAUUUGAAAACCAAGUAGAAAAUAGACAAAAAAUUUGAUGAAAUAUGUUUUGAUGAAUUAAUAAUUUCCAAUAUUUCCCUUAAAGUUGUGUGUUAAAGAUUUUCUUUGAUCUAUAUGAGUUUAAAGUCGAUUACAAAAUUCUUUUAUGACAUAGAAAUUGAAAAACGUUUUAUUAUAAAAAGUUCUUUUUUAUAAAAGUGUAAUUAUUUAUUUGUAAGAUACUAGAUAAAGUUCUCAUUUAUUUGAGGAUUUUGUCUUUUUGAAAAAAGGUUCUUGUGAUAAUAAUUAGCGUUGCCUAGGCCAUACCGUUCUGUUUUUUUUUCUGUUUCUAUCGUUGCUUCAAAUUUCUUAAUCAAAGAUAGGUAUUUCUAUUUUUGGUAAGAUAGCCAUUUUGUUAUGUUGUAAGAUGUAUUUUUAGUUUUAUUUAUUUUUUAUCUUUUCAAAAGUUGUUUAUCUGUGGCAUCAUAUUUUAACUUUUUAACCCGGGAACAGUCGCGCUCACUUUUGUCACGUUAGCAGUCGCGCGAUUAGAUUACAUCUAACAAUACGAAUUUAAAAUAAAUUUAUAUUUUAUAAUAUUUUUAUUUACUUGUUAUGUUAAAAAUAUCUAUUUCUAACAAUUUUAAAGCUAAUUGGUUCUUACCAAAGCCAUAAAUUUCACAAAAAAAAAUUAAUUUUAUUUUUAAAUACCUACGCAUUAUUACAAUCUUCCUUUGAGGCAAUUACGAGUGGAAAGUUAUGUUGCAAAAUUUUCAUUAAGUUAUCACGGAAAAGCAUUUUUUCUAACGGCGCGACUGUUCCCGGGUUAAGAAUACUUGAAAUAUGUACCUACAUAUACAAUGGAUACAAAAAGUCAUUCGGUGUUGUCCAGUGCCUAUUUUCCACAGCAUUCGGUCAUUGAAUAGUUUUUUUUUAUUCAUAAAACUCAGUGUUUACCCUUAUUUUAUCUGAAAGUACCAGCCAGUACACCAAUGCGGCUCAUAUCACAUUUUGAUUGUAACUAACCCCGCCCCUAUUAAGGGUUAUAUUGAAAAGUCGCCAAAAGCAGGCAGUAUUCGAGUUUCAACAUUCAAUGAAACAGCACGUAUAUAUAACCUUUUCUUUUCAACAUUGUUAUCUAGCUUCUAAGUGCAUUUUUUACACUAAAUACUAGAGUUUUUGCGAUUUACCUACAACAUGCUACUAAGUAUUUAGUCCUUCGAGUCGGAUUGGCACACUGGGUCGCAGUUUCAGUUAAAUCAUCAUCAUUUUCUUUGCCUUAUCCCUACGCAGGGUCGGCUUCCCUAAUGGUAUUUCUCCACACAAUUCUAUCUUGGGUCAUAUCAAUAUUAAUCCCCUCUACCGACAUGUCCUGUCUAAUCGUCUCCCCCCAGGUCUUCUUUGGUCUUCCUCUCCUACUUCUUCUAGGAAUCUGAACUUCAUCAAUUCUUCGUAUUGAGUGAUUAACGUCUCGACGUUGAACAUGACCAAACCAUCUCAACCUAUGCUUUCUCAUUUUGGCAUCAAUUGGUGCCACACCUAGACUUCCCCUAAUAUACUCAUUUUUAAUUUUAUCCUUUUUUAUCGCUCCACUCAUCCAUCUAACCAUUCUCAUUUCCGCCACAUGCAUUCGUUGUUUCUCUUUCUUUUUCACUGCCUAACAUUCAGUUCCGUACAUCAUACCCGGUCUUAUGACUGUUUUAUAGAAUUUUCCCUUCAGCUUCAUUGGAAUUUUUCUAUCACACAACACACCACUCGUUUCCUUCCACUUUAUCCAGCCAGCCCUAAUUCUACUGCAUGCAUCUCCAUCAUUGGUCGUAGUUUCAGAUAAAAUAAGCGUAAAUACUCAGAGCUUUUGACAUUCCCUUUUUCCAGGUUUUCCCUGGCUGUCUUCAUUUCCUGACUUGCAGCGAUAUACAUUCCAUGAUUUUCAUUGGUAACUUUAUUUUGUUAAUCCUUUAUACACGAGCAUAUUAAUUGUCUCGUUUCUGUAUCUGUUAUAGGUUGUAGAUGUCAAAAGUCUAGUUUUUCUUCACACACCUUUCAUUAUGUUGCGGCCUGAAACAUCUGAAGAUUUAAUAUAUCGUUGCCGUCAUUCUCGUCGAUCUCUCAGAGAUAAAUCCAGCAUUGAUCAUUCCAUUGGAUACUGUGAAGUUAAAACUGCUUGGGAAUUUUUUGACAAAAUUGGUUGAAUCCAGUUGAACUAAAAAUUUAACUAGGUGCCUCAUGUAUUCCAAAGAUUUUGAUAGUUUCAUCUAAUUAAAAAACUUAAACACUUUGUAAUGAUACAUUAUUUUUGGGAUUUACAUCAGGCAGGAAAAUCUAGGAUUGGCCAAGAAUCAAAGACAAUAAUUCCUUACUCAAGGAGUUUGCCUCAUUCUCUAUAGUUGUGAGUCUGUAUACAUUUAGAUAGAGCUACUGCUGUUGUACAUCGCCAUUGAUAAUAUAAUUAAUGUCGUAGUUGUACACGAAACAUUGACAAAUAAUGUAUCAUUACAAAAUAUCUGACGUGAAAAUGUAUACUCCUUGAACAAAUAUUUUGGUAUAUUCCACAAAAUCUCUAAUUUAAUCUUGUCUUUAACGACCCUCUUUAUUUUUGUCACAUCAAGAACAAAUUUUUUGGCAAUGUGAAGUAAAGCCACAAUAGAAACUGUAUACUUCAUUAGUUAAAAUCACAUAAUAUGACUAUAAUUAUGUAUUUCAUGAAAUUUCCAGUUUUCAUGGUUCCAUGACAUCUCGUAACGGGAUAGUUCGUCACGAAUGGUAACGGAUAAUCCGUAACGCCAUCAAUUCGUAACGACGAAAUUUCGUAACAUCGACAGUUCGUACUAACACUAUUCGUACCGGUAUAAUUCGUAACUCCAACAUUUAGUUUUUUUUGCAAAUUUAGAAUUACGGAAUGUAUACAAGGAAUGUACUUUGCAUACUUUCCUACACUAAAAGUAAUUGUACGUUUUUAAGACCACUUCUUUUUAAAUAUAUUUUACAUAUAUUUUUGCACAUAUUUUUGUAAAUAUGACAACUAAAGGAUAUUUUUUUUAUUUUAUAUCCUGAAUUAUCAGUUUAAAGUAUCUAGUAAACGACUGUUACGGUUAGAUUAUAUUUAUUUUAAGACACAAUUUUCAAAAUAUUGUUCUCGAGGAAAUAUGAAAUGUAUUAAAAAGGUUUAUCCUGAUGCUGGUUCGUUAAAUUGAUAAACAUAAUUUCAGUUCCAACUGUAAUAAAAGUUGAUUUUCACGUUAACAAAUAUAAACAGAAUAAUUAUAUUUUGACGUUACGAAUAGUUACAGUUACGAACUGUCGAUGUUACGAACAGUCGCGUUACGAGGCGUCUUGUCACGAGUUUUUAUAUGGCCUAGCUUAUCUAUCAGCUACAGAGUUAAAACCUCUGCGUAAGUGGAUGUGUUCUGAAGAAAUUAGAAAAUUUUCAUUAGUGUUACAUAAGAUCCUAGGAACGAUAAUAAGAGCGUAUUAUUGGUUCCAAAACUUUACGGAUAUCCUUAAGACUUUUUUAUGUUUCAUCAAACCUUUCUCACAGCACUAACAAAUUUUCUAAAAAUAUCCUGUACUAUAAUGCUUUCUGUUCCUAUCAAGUAUACACUAAUUUAGCAAUAGAACAAUUAUCGGGACAAGUAUACUCGUCAUUAAAUAUUUAUAUACAGUAUUGGAAAUAUUUUUUCGUAACAUAGGCACUUUCAAUGCAAUAAGUUAGAUUCGUAAUUUGCAAUUCACCAGUGUAAAUUUCAAAACAACGUCGCUGUGUUUCAUAUUUAAUUCAUUUGUUCGACUGCACCGAACUAAGAUCUCAAAUUUGCAAUUAACCAGUGUAAAUUUCAAUAUAACGUCGCAAUGUUUUAAAAUUAAUUCAUUUGUUCGACCGGAAACCCCUGUACCGCUGGCUAUCGCACAAACUAUGCAAUCCAAUGGGGCACCUCAGUUCAGUGCAGUCGAAUAAAUGAAUUGAAUACAUUGAAUACAUUGGUUAAUUGCAAAUCAAAAGAAUCUAACUUAUUGCAUUGAAAGUUCCUAUGUUCCGAAAAUAAAUUUCCAAUACUGUAUAAAUAUAAAUAAGAUCAGAAGUGUAACUGGAUUUUGUAGUUACAUAUUAGAGGCGACCAUAUAGCCUCUCUGAAGAGCUCUAAUAGGGUGAAACGUACGUAAGGGGACGAUGGUCACCUCUGAUACAGAAUGAAAUAUAAACUGUAUUUCAUUUUCUCCUAACAUUCUCAUAUUUUGAGUACACGGAAUCAACUUUUGUUGGAAUUUUUACCUAGAUGAAUUGACGGAAGGUGUCUGCAUAUUGUAGGGUCUAUAUACUACAUUAACGAAGGUUCAGGUAUAAAGAAAAAUAAAUAAACCAAAAGAAGUUGGUAGGAAAAAUAAGGCAACUAGAGACUUAAAAUCGAAAGUAAUAGUUGAUAUAAGGAAUGUGAAAAAAUACAAAUAUUUUGACUGAAAAAUCUAACAGAAUAAGUAUGUUUUCAACUCAAAACAACCAGGAGCUUUUAAAGUUAGAAUACUCCUGAUUAUUCGUAACGGGAUUUAUUAUUAAAGAAGAUCCACCUGAUCUGUGAAAAAUAUAAACGAAAUUCAUUGAACCCAUGAUGUUAAACUUUUCUCUUCCUGUAUAUCAACUUUUCCUUAAAAUUGAAGAAGGCCUUGUUAAGUCAGAACAGCUGUAGAUCCUCUCUGGACGCCUAAUAUAUUCGAAUAGGGGCGUAUAAAUGGCUGACAUAUCAAUAGUUUGGAAACGUCCUGUAUAAAUAUAGGUAUCAAAGACUAAUAGUGCGUCAUGGGAUUUGGUCACCGAUCUUUUUUGCAUCUUUCACCCCAUCUAAUAUGACUCAGGUUUCCAAUUCUUAUACGGUUGUACAAAAAUUGGAAAUCUAAAUAGUAGGGCUAAAAUCUAUCAAGCCUUGUGACUUUUCGAAAUCCUACUUGUUUUUAUUUUUCCCUCAGUCAAUUUUAGUUAGACAAAAAUUUUUAUUGAAAAUAGUGGCAAGAGAAUAUUUUGACGAGUAUACACUUAGACAAGGAAAGAGAGAGGACGAGUAAUCCUUGACCAAAAGUGAAGCCAAACUGACACCAGAGAUUUUGAUCAUCGACGUAUCUUUGGGGUAUUGUUAUGCAUUGAGUAUUUAAAAUAAAAACAUGAAAUGUAUUUAAAAUGAAGAAUUUGUGUAUGGUAAAUGUUUUAUUAAGUUGCUCAUAUUACGUACAUAUGUUUCAAUACAUACAUAUGUUUUUAUUACGAAUUUUAGAUGAUGAUUUACUUUAUUUUUUAUGAAAUUUUAACCUUCAACGAACACCCACCACUGGCAACCUAUUGUUAUUUUUGACGUGGCCGCCAUGUUUCUGGUGACAAACAAACCAAAAACUGGCUUCACUUUUGGAACGUGUGUUUUAAAUGAGUGUUACCCGUCCUCUCUUUUUUCCUUGUCUAAGAGUAUACAUAUGUCUUCCUCAGUUAAAGGGUUAGAAUUUUGUUAGUUACCUAUAUUUUAAAACCGCAUAUAGAAGGUGUUUACCGUCAUUGUAAUUAGGGUUCAACAGCUUGAUUAUACUAAACAUUUCUAGUCUGUGUUACUACUAUUGACAAAAUUAGGAAGUUUUUUAUUUUUAUACAGCAAGACACUGCUAAUCUUCUUUUGUGAUAUAAGUGUUGUAGCAAAGUCUAGUUACACGAAAUUAUUUGUCUGGUUUCUAUUUGCGCUCUUUAUCUAAAGUAAAUGUAUCAAAUGUCACGAUUAGUGUUCCUAAAGUAAAAAAGCGCUAUGGUAACGUUAAUUUGGAAACUAGAAUGUAAUUUGUAAACAACACGGUAUUUAUUAUUUAUUGCGAGAGAUACUAUAUCUUUGGUAAAAAUUGGUUACCUUGGAUGAUUUUAAGUUUAUUUUAGUUUAAAUUUAAAGAUAAUGGGUUAACAAAUCUCAAACUACACGAGAAAAUAGGCCACCCACACGAUUGUUGUCCGGUUGUCCGACUGUUGUCCGAUUUAAGUGAUUUUUUUAACAUCUUAUAGUCUUAUUUUCUAACAAUAUCGCUGUAAUAAUAUUGUUGCUAUAGUCCGUCCCACCUUGACUUUACAGUAUAGGGAACAUAGGCAAUUCAGUCCUUAUGAAAGUUUUCAGCCGGUGAUGCCGAUAUUAUCAAAAAGAAUUUGUAAUCGAACAUUAGAGAGAUUAAAUUAAAACUGUUUUAGAAAGGCAAUCUACAAUUUUAGGAUUCAUAAUAUGCGUAAUAACCAUAAUACACUCACCGGCACAAAAUUCCGCCACCCAUUUUUUUUUUAAUUUUGACCAUUUAUAACUUUAUUAUUUGUGCUCCGAUAUUCAUGAUUCUUGCACCAGUUUGUAGGUACAUGUAUUGAUGUCGUUUUUUAUUAUUUCAGUAACAAACAUUUUUUGCUUAGAUGGCAUUAUACGGGGGUAAAUGGAAGCGUUGUAUUUUCUCCUAACUUUAAAAAUUCUGUGGAAAAAUUGGAGGGCUGAUUUUGUUUUAUACUUCUUUUGUAUUAUCCUGGAGGUAUUCCUAAGGUUUUGUUUUUUGAAUUAUCCAACUAUCUCUUUUCUUGUAAGAGCUGUAAAUAAAAACACUGCUUUGAAGGUUUUUUUUAAUUAAAAAUACCAAACGCACUAAAAUUAACAAAAUAAAACAAAAUUAACAACAAAACAAAACAAUUCAAUAGCGCGUAUGUCUACCUCUUGCAGCAACGACUGCUCGCAAUCUGUUUGGCAUCGAAUAAAGCUGGUCAGUGCAAAAACAUCAAAGUGAUAUUUUUUGCACAAAGGCAACAAAACAAAAUUUAAGUUCUUGUGUUUCGUCCUACAAGAAUUUUUAUAAUAGCGAAAUCCAGAUACUUAUUAAAAUUCAAUCAAUUUAACACCAGACUUGAUGUUACCUUGAUGCUAGAUAAUUUUUUUACUAUUUGUUAUUUCUUUGAUAUUAAUUUCAUAAUACAAUUUGUAUAGAUAUUACAAUAUGGCCUAUAAAUUGUAUUUUUCUUAGGUUUCCCCCAGAGUUGGACUUUUUGUAAGCUAUCUAUAUAGGUUUUUUGCUUAUCCGAAUAUUUAAAGAAUCUUUAUUUUCAUAUAUUAAAAUAUUCACUAAAUAUCUCAUCUUAUAGAUUUCAGCUUUUUCGUAUUUUCUCGUGCAAACUGAUCAAAGAAACAUGAUAUAUUUAACAAUAUGUAACUUAAGAGCGUGUAUUAAAGUGUUUUUAAACUCUUAACAUUUAAAGUGAUGAUUUUUUAACUGUUUACUCUUCUUUGUGUUUCUAAUUAAAUGUAUUUCUAUAUUAUCCUUUUUAAAAUUUGCAAUUAUAAACAAUGAUGUUGACAAUACUUGGAAUAUUAAUCACAAAAAUAUUUUAUAACUAAAACGUACAUUUAUAUUCCUUUGGACUCACGAUAAAAAAAAAAUGAUGCAAAAAUUUUGAAAUUUCAAGGAAAAAUGUUGUAAUCUCUAUCUAAUUGUAGAUAAACAGUUUACAAAUUUAACACAAGAUUUCUGUACAUUUAAAUUUUAAAUCUCAUUUAUUAUUUUCACCGGAUUCUAGUUGAUGUAAAAUAGUCCAAAUAGACUAUCAAGAAUUGAAAACAUAUGUCAGUAUUCUAGAUAUUUUUCUUAUAUUUUAAUUUUGAACCCAUUUUAUUAACUUGUUUAUAUUUCUGUUAUCUAUUUGGAUGGAAUUUUAUUAUUUCUUUAAACCAACUUUCCUAUGAUAGGCCUGUAUCCUGCGUACAAAAAAAGUUGAUUAAUAGCAAGCUGAAAAUUUGUUAAUAGCUUAACAGUGUCUAGUCGGACAAACUUUCAUGUAUGGGAACACUGGAACAGGGGAAGAUUUAAUUGUGGAACAGGUUAAAAAUUUGGAACGUCAGACUACGGAAACGUCCAUGUAUUUUAUCGCACAGAACUUCCAAUUUAUUUGUUACCCUUUCAUUAAACUUUCACGCAAAAAUCAGAUUCGUAUUUAUCACCAACUGGGCGUUUUAAUAAGUCCGACACGUAGAACAUGUCAAAUGACAGGAAUUAUAUUGGUGAUAAAUAGCAGUCUGAUUUUUGCAUGAGAGUUUAAUGAAAGGGUAACAAAUCAAUUGUCCGACAAAAUGCAUGGGGCGUUUUCGUAAUCUGACGUUUCAAAUUUUGAACCUGUUCCACAAUUAAAACUUCCCCUGUUCCAGUGUUCCCAUACAUCAAAGCUUGUCCGACUAGACACCGUUAAGCUAUUAACAAAUUUUCAGCUUGCUAUUAAUCAAUUUUUUUUGGUACGCGGGAUCCAUGCCUAUAAGCUAAAGAACUGAAAUAGUAAUUGUAAACUAAUAUGUAAAUUAUCCAAAAAAACUAGAAAGCAAAAUACACACACCGGCAAAAUUAGCCGAACACGUUAAAAAUGGGACAUGUUUGAUGUCUCGUAUUUCAUAAACCAGUGGUCCGAUUUGAGUGAUUCUUUUAGUAUAUUAUAGCCUUAUUAUUUAAGAAUAUCGCUGGAAUAAUAUUGUUGCUAGAUAGUUAAAUACCAUUUUAUACCGGGUGUACCAAUCAUACUGUGUUUUUUUCUUAAUGUUUGGAACACCCUGUGGAAUAUUCUAGCACAUGUAAAAUAUUUGAAUUAAUACUCGAUUGUAGAUUUAGGCUUGCUUAACAUUCUCCUUUUCGAUUCAUUUACUUAUGUGAGAUAAUAAAAAAGUUAUGUGCGUUAACAACUAUCCAUGUUUUUCAUCAAUAAAUCCUCAUAGUAGGGGAGGAAAUUUGCAGUUACUCGAGCGUUAUGGGGACCUAUUGGAUGGUGAAGAGUAUGUGCUAAAAUCAGAAAAAGGUUAAGUUAAGUUUUCCAUAAAGUGGGGGACUUUUCAUUUUUUAAUUUAAUUUUCCAUUUCAAACAAUCAUUUUCUCCGAUUAUAGCGCUAUCUAUCCAUAAUUCGAAAAAAUAUGUCGACUAAAAGUUGCUUAUUUUUACGCAAAGAAUCCAAAUCUGCAAUAAAAAUUGGGGGCUCCUAUUUAAGAUUUUAAAUUAAAUCCCCCACCCCACCUCCGUGGGGGCUCGUGACACCCCACGGAGAGGGGUGGGGGGUAAAUUAAAAAUUAUAAAACGAACUCUGCGAUAUUUUGCGAAAUUAAUAUCAGAUCGUAAAACUGCAAAAUACAUGUAUUCAAAAUUUUUCAAAAAUCUACCAAAUGGCAACAAACACGACCCCCCACGGAGGUGGGGUGGGGGUACAUUAAAAUAUUAAAUAGGAGCCCCCAAUUUUUAUUGCAGAUUUGGAUCCUUGACGUAAAAAUAAGCUACUUUUAUUCGCAACAUUUUUUCCUAUUAUGGAUAAAUGGCGCUAUAAUCGGAAAAAACGAUUGGUCGAAAUGGAAAAUUAAAUUAAAAAAUGGAGAGUCCCACACUUUAUGGAAAACUUAACUUAACUUUUUUUGGUUGUAGCACCUACUCUUCACAAUCCACUCCAGGUCCCAAGAAUGCUCGAGUAAUUGCAAAUUUAGCAUACUUUUCUCCCCUACUAUGAGGAUUUAUUGAUAAAAAACAUGGCUAGUUGUUAAAACACAUAACUUUUUUAUUUUCCAACAUAAGCAAAUGAAUCAAAAAAUAAAAUGUUAAGAAAGCAUAAUUCUACAAUCGAGUUUUAAUUUUAAAAUUUUAUAUACGCUGGAAUAUUCCACAGUAUGCUUUUUACACCCGGUAUAAAAUGACAUUUACCUGUCUAGCAACAAUAUUAUUACACCGAUAUUCUUAAAUAAUACGGCUAUAACAUACUAAAAGAAUCACUCAAAUCGGAUCACUGGUUUAUGAAAUACGAGACAUCAAACAUGUCCCAUCUUUAACGUGUUCGGCUAAUUUUGCCGGUGUGUGUAGUUAUUUAUGAAACAGUUCGUGAAGUAUGCUUUUUGCGAGCGAACGCGAUGUUUAGCGUAAGUUCGCAAAAAGUACUUCACGCACAGUUUCAUACAAUAUUUUUAUCUACGAUAUACAAAUUAAAAAACUGUAACUUUUCGUCACUGGAAUUUAUUUCUAUUCUACAAUUUUUAGAACUUUGACGUUUAUAAAAAUUCUAACUUAUUUCAAACCACAAAACUGUCAAAACUUUUGUUGUAAUUUAUUACUCAUUAUGUCAUCAUCGUGACAACGCGAAAGUUGAGGAUAUUUUAUUAUAUGAAAGUAGUGUGCCAAAAACAGUGCGAAAAAGUAAGUCCCAUUUAAAAUACAUUGUUACUUCACGCACACUUUAAACCCUUCACGCACUGCUAUUUAUAAUGACAGUUUUCACAAACUAAAAACUUAUACAUAAUAUGACAUAGAGUAGAUAAAUAAUUAUUUAAAUAAAAAAAUUGAGAAUGCGUUUUUAAGAAUACCAAAAAUUAUAAAACAAUUUAUUAUGUACCUAAUAUAUAGUAAUAUGUUUCCAAAUGUUUAUUUGCUUUUUUGAACAUCUACCAAUAUUGUUAAAUAUGGUACGUUUAUUUUGAACAUCUUUGUGCUUCUUUUUGCCUUAAUGGUCGAACUUUACAAAAGGAUACAACAAAGAAAAGUAAGACGACAGAGGGAAUUCUAGAUACGAAGAAAGAAAAAAGAAACUUAAAGAAUAAUGAAAGAGAAUAUAAAGAAGUAAUCAAUCGCAUUAAACCGGCUCCUAAACGGUUCACCAUGCGCCACGUCGACCAGUCGUUUGAUAUCUUACUUUGUUAUCUGUUUGUGGAUAUAAUAAGGGUGGUGGUUCGUCUAGCAGGGCGUUUUCUUGAUUUCAGUCUGCCAGGAUACAGUUCAUGACCAAAAAGGGGUGGCGGUUGUCAGCCACCCCUUUGAAGAUUUGUUUGGAUCGUUUCGUGAAUUCGUGGGCCGUUCUAUGGGAGUCAGGAUUCGUGAGGCCUAAAGCUUUAUACAGCUUAUCUAGAGGGGUUAUUCUCAUACAGCUUCUAAUGAGCCUGCAAGGUUCUUUCAUACUGAGAUUUACUUUCUUAGCGUGAACAGAACUCUUCCAUACCGGCAAUGCGUAUUCCCCCGUUGAGAAAAAUAGCGCCUGGGCUGUUGAUCUAAGUACUGUGGGUUUGGCGCCCCAUUUGCUAUUGCUAAGAUUCCUUACAAGGUUGUUGUGCGCAUCCACCAUUUUCGGGUUUUUCAUAGUUGAAAGAAGGUGGAUGCGCAAAAUAACCUUUUAAGCAUAUUAUUACUGAUAUAUUAUAAACUCGGAAAAUAGCAAUCCUUGUUGUAUUAGAUGUUAAUACAUACAAUGAUAACAUGGUUAUACAACAGUCUCCAAGAAUAAGCACUUAUUUUCCAUCCGUCAGUGAUAGUUAUCGUUAUCAAAUUUGGGUGAUUUUCCACUUUCAAUUUAUUAAUGUUUUAAAUCUUUAGACAGCAACAGCUACAUAGUCACAAAUUUUUCGCGAAACUAUGAUUCACUAUCAAUCAUUUUGCCUACAUUCAAAGCCACUCAUUUUGAAAGAUGAUAAAUAUAUUAUACAGGGUGUCCCGAAAAGAUUGGUCAUGAAUUAUACCAUACAUUCUGGGGUCAAAAAUAGUUCGACUGAACCUAACUUACCUUAGUACAAAUGUGCUUAUAAAAAAGUUACAGUCCUUUGAAGUUACAAAAUGAAAAUCGAUUUUUUUCAAUAUAUCGAAAACUAUUAGAGGUUUUUUAUAGAAAAUGGACAUGUAUCAUUCUUAUGGCAGGAAUAUCUUAAAACAAAAUUAUAGUGAAAUUUGUCCACCCCAUAAAAAAUUUAUGGGGAUUUUGUUCCCUUAAACCCCCUCCCCCAAACUUUUGUGUACGUUCCAAUUAAUUCAUUAUUGUGGUAUCAUUAGUUAAACACAACGUUUUUAAAAAAAUUUUGCCUCCUAGUAUUUUUUCGAUAAGCCAGUUUUUAUCGAGAUGCGGCUUCUUUUUCAAUAUAUUUACGUAACAGUUUUAUGGGGGUUUUGUUCCUUUAAACCCCCCAAAUGUUUGUGUACAUUCCAAUUAAACUAUUAUUGCGGUACCAUUAGUUAAACACAGUGUUUUUAAAACUUUUGCCUCUUAGUUUUUUUUUCAUAAGUCAUCUUUUAUCGAGAUGUAGCUUCUUUUUCAAAAUAUAAAUAAAAAUGGAAAUUAUAAAUAAAUUUUCAGAUUAUUAGCAGGUCUAUAAUCGUACUUAACAAAUAUGUGGUGGAUUCGACAAAUAUUCAAAAUAUCUCGAUAAACAGUGGCUUAUCGAAAAAGUACUGAGAGGCAAAAAAGUUUUAAAAACAUUGUGUUUAACUAAUAGUGCCACAAUAAUAAUUUAAUGGGAACGUACACAAAAGUUUGAGGGGGUUUAAAGGAACAAAACCCCCAUAAAAUUUUUAUGGGGUUCACAAAUUUUACUUUAAUUUUUUUUAAGAUGUUGCUGCCAUAUAAAUGUCACAUGUCUAUUUUCAAUAAAAAAUCUCUGAGAGUUUUCGAUAUAUGAAAAAAAAUCGAUUUUCAUUUUGUAACUUCAAAGGGCUGUAACUUUUUUUGUGUGCACUAUUGUAUAUAGGUAAGUGAGGAUCAAUCAAUCUAUUUUGACCACAGAAUCUUUGGUAUAAUGUAUGACCAAUCUUUUCGGGGCACCCUGUAUAUUGCAGAUAGAAUCACAAAUAACUUUAUUACCCAUUUGCUUAUUUUAUUUGCACAAAUCCGAUUUUUUACAGAACUGGUUGUUUUUGUCCAAUGUAUAAAAAGUAGUACAUGUUAUUUGAAAUAUGCAGCCAUAUAACAGGCACGUGAUACUAGGAACCACGCACACUUUUUCAAUUAAACGAAUUAUCCAAGGUUUAAACUGAUAACCUUUAGAUUUUUGAUCUUUAUUGUUUAUUUGCUUCGAUGUUUUUAAAAUUAUCUAACAAAUAUCCAAUUAGACAAAUGUUAAAAAAAUAGAGAUAUAGUGUUUGUUCGUGUUUAUAUGGUAGACGAAAUGACCGUUAGACCUUAGUGAUCUCUUAAUUUUUGAUUUUGCUACAUCACCAAUUUAUUUGAAUUAAACGGAAUAAUGUGGACAGUUUAGAUACAAGGGCAAGAGAUAAACACCAAACAGAUCAACUUCAUAAAUUAAUAAUUUGUUAUGUAAACAUACAGCUGGGUAGGUAAACUUAUUUAUGUAGAUAAAUAUUUGUUACCGUUUACUUUAUACAGUGUGUUCCAACAGAAACCAAGAGUACUGCCCCGCGUUAACUCCCCGAUUUUUUUAAAUAGCAAGUGUGGUAGAGUGGCACAUCAUUUGAAAGGAAUUAUUUUUCUCUACACGACACUCUAUUUUAUUUUAUUUUCGGAAUAACUUUGAAGAUAAUUUUGGAUUUAACUAAUUUAUUGGUUGAACAUUUUUAAUAACAACAAACAUAAAAGUUCAUCAAACUAACCAAUUAAAUGUUCCAAACAACCUCCUAUGACCUCCAUAUAAUAAUACAGUCUAUUUCAAAGCCUCUUCGUAUAUUUGCAAAUACCUCAAUAUUAUAAUAUCGAGAUUGGAUAUUUAAUCAGGCAUUAGCCGCUAGGUAGGUUGUUACGCGAGUGGUCGCGCAUGAGAUUUUCUCUCACAUAUCCAACUUUUGCCUUUCUUUACAAAAUUUUUCAAAAAAGAUGAGGUUUGAUCAACGUUAAAGCCAUUUGCUUUAAAAAGACACGACGUUUUUCUGUUUUAUUAUUAUUAUCUUUAUAUAAAAUGUGACUAUUGAUGCCGCCAAUAUUUAACAUUGAAAAAUAUAUGGUAAGUGACCAUCUACAACUAACCCGUGAAACAGAAUACAGUAGAACCUCGAUUAUCCGUCUCUCCAUUAACCGUCACCUCUGGUAACCGUCAGGGUCCAUAAAGUCAAUUUGCCACCAAAGACAAUUCUCAUUUUGGACAAUGCACGUGCCCAUCCUGAAGCCGGUAUGCUGCAAAAUGAUGAUGGAAAUAUCACAUGCUCUUUUCUGCCAGCCAAUACAACAUCAUUGAUACAACCAAUGGAUCAAUUGAAUAACGCUGAAAAGAGCAUGGAUUAAAUAAAUAUGGCCUGCAUUAACUGAAGAUGAAAAUGCCCCCGUGACAUCUGAGCGUGAUGCAGUAACAAAUGAAGUUAAGGUUGAAUCAACUGUUUUGUUUUCGUUGUCUAAAGAUGACAUAAAUGAAUGGUUAAUUUGUGAUGAGGACGGAAAUAGCUAUCGAUUGCUGACAAAUGAUGAAAUGGCAACAGAGGCGGAUGAAACAGAUUCAGAAGCUGACACAGACUUGGAAUUUGACGGUGGCGAUGUCGAUCAUGAUAUUGCAACUGACAACGAUUUGCGUAAAGAAGCUAGAGAAGCUGCACCGCACAUAAAACAAUUCAUAUAGUGGUAUUCUCGACAAGAAGGAGUAACAAAUGAAGUUAAGGUUGAAUCAACUGUUUUGUUUUCGUUGUCUAAAGAUGACAUAAAUGAAUGGUUAAUUUGUAAUGAGGACGGAAAUAGCUAUCGAUUGCUGACAAAUGAUGAAAUGGCAACAGAGGCGGAUGAAACAGAUUCAGAAGCUGACACAGACUUGGAAUUUGACGGUGGCGAUGUCGAUCAUGAUAUUGCAACUGACAACGAUUUGCGUAAAGAAGCUAGAGAAGCUGCACCGCACAUGAAACAAUUCAUAUAGUGGUAUUCUCGACAAGAAGGAGCCAAUACAGUAGAUAAAGAAAUACAGCCGUUUCGAAAUGUGAAAAAACAGUAAAUCAAACAAAGAUUUCAAAAUAUUUUAAACCAAAUUGAUUCGAUUGUACGAACACAAAUCCCGCUUAUAUUGUCAAACAAAACAUACAAAUAUAAAAUUGAGAGUUGUACUAUGAAUUUUUAAUUUUUUUUAAAUUUUCUGUUAACCGUCUUUUCGAUUAUCCGUCAUACCCUAGGUCCGGUGCCCUGACGGAUAAUCGAGGUUCCACUGUAUAGGAAUUUCCUAUCAUCGACCACAUCCACGGCGCCUUUUAUUACAUCAUAAAAGGAUAUUAUUUUAGGUUUUAAGGGGAAAAAUAACAUUAAUUUUUAUACACAGUUGGAGACGCUGGUGGUCGCUUGAUGAGAGAAUCUCUCACAUGAAACACACUGACUCAACAAUAUGGUGAUACUAAGUAAACUGAGUCACUAUCUGAGCGGACGAGUCUAUUAGAUUGUCGAGGGAGGAUAGUUAGGAGACUAGAAGGAACUACAGCGCGUAUAAUUUCCCAGAAAAAAAGUUGUGCGCAAUUUUCUGAAACCGUGAGAGAAAAUCUCAUAUAGCGACCACUGGCGGGUUAACCAAUAAAUUAGUUAAAUCCAAAAUUAUCUUUAAAGUUAUUCGGUAAAUUAAAAAAAAAAUAGAGUGUCGCGUAGAGCAAAAAAUUAUCUUUCAAAUGAUGUGCCACUCGACCACAAUUGUUAUUUAAAAAACGGGGGUCUAUGCGGGGCAGUAGGGGGUUUCAUUUGGGGGAAUAAAUUUUGCAUGAAAAUUCGUCCCUAUUUCAGUAAAAUUUGACGUGUUUUUUUUAUUUUGAAAAAACUCUUGGUUUCUGAGUUUCUGGGGGGUCAAGAUUUUUUUAUUUUUGUUGUCCAGGUUUCACAUCCAUAAAACAAAACGGACCAGACGUAGCACUUUAAAGGAUCCCCCAAACCGACGCGAAACUUUUGCGACGCGAAUUUUUCGUUGCGGAACAUUCGCAGGCGAAACCGUAGCGGACAAGGCUUUCCCACAUUGGCGCGGAACCUGACGCGACUGUUCGCCAUACAAAUAUGAACAAAUUAUAAUUUUAGGACGGUCUUUUCAUCUCCGGAUAACUAAUUAACGAGAAGUUUAUCUGACAGAUAUUUAAUAAAACUGUCAGAUAAACUUCCCGAUAACUACAUAGUUACCCGGACCACAAUGGAAAUAACGGCAACCGCAUUGCUGACCAGCUAUCUAGGAAGGCAGUAGGCGUAAGAGUUUUAGGCCUGCCGAUCUUUUUGGCUGGUCAAUUACAACAAUCUAGGAAAUUGCCAAAAUGUUACUCCCGCACGCAAACCGUGAAAAGAUGGGAACAAGGGCCUGAAUGUAGACUUGUAAGGGAACACUAAAGAACCUUGAGAGGUCAGCAUCAGAAAACUACUUGAGAAUGACCAGGAAAAACCUACGCUUGACAGUUGGUUUUUUAACUGAUAUUAUCUUUAUUGAUGUUAUUAUUUUUAUUUCAUAAUCUUUAAUCAAAUAUUAUUUCUGAGAAUGGAUGACUAGUUCAUGAAAAUUCAUGCAUUUUUACUAAUUUAAAAUAUUCAUUUUAAUUCAAUCAUUUUCUCCUAAUUCUAACCCUAUACUAUCCUAGAUUUUAUCCUUUUUUCUUAUAUUUUUCUAAUCUUUACUUAAAUCAUAUAUUAUAGGAUAUUGUUUCACAAUUUCAAUGAGUUUUUCUGUAACAGACAUUUUAAUUCACGCGAAACUACAACGGCAGCGGAAAAAACCGUGCAUGCAGCGUUCCAUGAAAACAACGCUGAUCUACCGCGACCGUUGCGGACACCGCCCCACCUAGUGUGAACACGCUCAUAAGUCGCCGUGCCUAUCGAUUCGCCGCGAUUCCGCGUAGGUUGUGGCUGCGAAAGUUUCGCGUUGGUUUGGGGGAUCCUUAAUACUCCUAGACGCAAGGUCAAUCCUAGACUUCUACUGCACAAUAAAGAACGCCUGUUAAUAAAGCUUUUUCGUGGAAUUUCUAUUCUAGUCGAAGUUUAUUCUUCUGUUUCAACCCUACAGUCGAUCCAGCUAUCCAGAUAUAUAAAAUGAUUCUAGGAUUUUGUUAUCUGAUUUUGGUGCUGAGUCUUCGAUAUCAACUUUUCCGAGCACCAUCCAUUUUGUUGUUUUUGCGUUGAUUGGUAAGCCGUUUUCAGUGCAUUUGUUUUUUACAGCGUUCAACAGGGUUUGAAAGUCUUCUAGACUCUCUACCAUUAUGGCGGUGUCAUCUGCGUAUCUGAUGUUAUUAAUAAUUUUACCACCGAUUUUAAUACCUUCGCGACGUAUAUUUAACGUUAUCUCAAGUAUAUUGGUUCAGUGUAGGCAUUAAAUAACAUCGGUGACAUAACGAAUCCCUGUCUGAGACCACGCUUAAUAGAAACUUUAGCUGAAACCUCUUGAUCGCCCUCAUAUGUGUCGUAUUUUUCUCGUUUUUGGAUUUUUUGUAUUUUUUCUGGCGCCCUUGCAGAAUCCAAACUGCAUAUCCUCUAUAUCAAUGUCAAGAUACUGAUGUAUACGUUUUUAUACUUAAAUAAUAUAUUAUCUCCUGAUUGAUAUAUUAUUAUUAAAAAAACUUUAUCAAAAGGUACAUAUGUGCUCCGUUUCUAGUAAUUUCUUCUUCUCUAAAGGCAACUAUUAUUAUUAACCAGUGUUGUCUUAAAGAAGUAGAAUAUUUUUUUUAAGUUUCAUAGACAUAAUCAAAAAAUACUGCUACUCUCACACAAAAUAAUGUUUCUGUAUACAGUGUGACAAAGCCAAAUGGAAUAAAUUCAUUAUUUCAUAAACUGGCGAGUUUAAGGAAAAAUCCCGAAACAGGUCGAUUUUUAUUUUUAAAUUAGGAUUUUUUGGCAUAUAUAUCAUACUAGUGACGUCAUCCAUCACGGCGUGAUGACGCAAUCGAUAUUUUUAAAUGAGAAUAGGGAUCGUAUGCUAGCUUAUUUGAAAGGUUAUUCACUUCUUUAUUCAAUAAUAAUAUAAACAUUAACAUAAUUUUUUAUACAAGGUAUAAAAAAAAUUAAAUUAAACGAAUUCACACAGAAAGAAGACUAUAUGUAAUUUAUUUAAUUCAAAAUACAUUUUACUGCUCUCAGAAAUCAGAAAAAAAUGUUUAUUUCAAAAUAAACAUCGCUUUUCGCAUAAAUUUAAUGUUUAAAUUGCCAAGAGGCAGGUGGAUCUAUUUUAAUUCUCUUUUCUCAGCUCUCAUUGUGUUAUCCAAAAUGUCCACGUAAAUUAAGUAAAUUUUUGUGAUAUUGUAUUAAAUUAGGUAGAUUGAUAAUUAUAGCUAGUAAAGAUUAUGAGGUUAUUUUUUGUUAUUAAUUUCGCUAAUUCUAGAUAUUUCUAGGCAUUUGGGUAUUUUAAAUAUGUUAAAUUUCAUUUUAAUUAUCAAGGGUUAGUUGUGAUAAAAUAUUCAAUGGCUAAAUGAAAAUUAAAAUAUUACGUAACGAUUUUUUAUUUAUUUUUAUGAGAGACUAUCAUUUCCAUAUCAUUAGAUUGCGAUUUAUUUUUAUUAAAACCUAUCAUUUCAAUAUCACUAGAUUGUGUACUUUUUGAUUACUUUUUAAUUUCUACUUAACGAUUAUCAUUAAUAGACCAGGCUGUAUCGUUGCCCCCGUUAGGUAAAUUAAACUGAUUCGUUUUUUUUUGGACAAACUUACUCAAAAAGAGGUGCCAAGAGGUGCCGCGGUCGAAAAAAUUUUUAAACAAUUUUUUUUAUCAAAUUCAAAAAAUCAAUUUUUUCACUUCGUACAAUUUAUAGACCAUUUGGGUGAUUAUGAGCAAAAAAGGUCUCGUGAUUUUUCUCUAAAAUUGAUUGUUGUCGAGUUAUACGCGAUUUAAAAUUUGACAAACGCGAAAAUGGCCAUUUUCACAGCUUAAUAAUUCGGUUAAAAAUUAUUAACUAAGUCAAAAAGUGACUAAAUAAAAGUUUAAAGCCCCCCUAAAUGAGAUCCUGAAGAAAUUUGUUUGAUUAAUUUAUUACUAAGCUGUUAUUUUUAAUUAUCAUCAAUGAGCGCUAACAGCGUGUUGAAGCGGCCGUCAAUAGGGCUUUUCAUCGGUUGUUAUUUGUUUCGAGCUUCUGUCAUAUGUUAUAUAAUCUGUGUAUAAUAUUAAUAUACACGGAUUAUCCGACAUAUGGCAGAAGCUCGAAACAAAUGACUGUGAAUGAAAAGCCCUAUGUGAGUGCGAAAGAGAUGCACCAUUCCGUCACUCCAUUGGUGCAUCCAACAGCGCCGAACACGUUGUUAGCGCUCAUUGAUGAUAAUUAAAAAUAACAGCUUAGUAAUAAAUUAAUCAAACAAAUUUCUUCAAGAUCAUCAUGUAGGAGGGCUUUAAACUUUUAUUUAGUCACUUUUUGACUUUCAUAAUAAUAAUUUUUAACAGAGUUAUUAAGCCUUGAAAAUGGCUUUGUCGCGUUUCUCAAAUUUUAAAUCGCGUACAACUUGACAACAAUCAAUUUUAGAGAAAAAUCACAAGAGACCUUUUUUGCUCAUAAUGACCCAGAUAAUCUAAAAAAAAUGUACGAAGUGAAAAAAUUGAUUUCUUAAAUUUGUUUAAAAAAAAAAAUUUAAACAAUUUUCCGACCACGGCUACUCCCGGCACCCUGUGGAUUUGUUAUAAAGAUCUAUUUUUGAGUAAGUUUGUGCAAAGAAACGAAUCGGAAUAAUUUACCUUGCGGGGCGCCGAUAUAGUCUGGUCUAUAACAUACGAUAUGCCCAGUGAAUAUAUAGUAUUGACUAGAUAAGAUUAUUAUGUAAAAAAAUAACCUCAUCUUUCACCUUCCUAGUAAAAAGGCGGUUUAUUAAAUUGUAGAUAUUUUUUUAAAUAAAGACAAAUGGUAGAGAACCUAUUUUUAGUGACUUUUGUGAUGUUCUGAACUGCCUUUUAGCCUAUGGAAAGUUUCUAAAGAAGUAAUUGUGUUGUUAAAAAUCGACUUUUUGUUAAUUAUUUUAAAAAUUUAUUUACAAGAAAAAAUUGAAAAUAAAACACCUACGACAGUAA